CAUUCAGUCGGUCCAGAGGCGAGCUAUCAUCCGAGAGUCCUUGGCAACUAUACCAGAGAAAUGGCAGCCCGUUUCAUAAUCAGUGUGCUCCUGCUGGCCAGCCCGGCCGUUUGGGGCAAGCCCACCUUCGGACGCGAGCAUGUCCACAUCCGCAUUCACCUCCCGGAGAGCGGUGGCGACCACGGCGGUCAUGGAGGCGGUGACUUUGGAGGUCACGGGGGCGGCGACUUUGGAGGCCAUGGAGGCGGUGGGUACGAGAUUCACUCCCACGAUGGCGGAUACAGUGCUGGCGGUGGAGGUGGUGCCCAUGUCAACACCUAUGCCAUCAUCACCGAGAACCAUGCUUCGGGCGGAGGUGGAGGUCAUGGCGGAUACAGCUCCGGCGGAUACAGUUCCGGCGGAUAUAGUUCCGGCCACGAUGAUGCCAAGAUUGCCGCCAUCGCAGCUGCUGCUGGUUCGUCCUCCGAUCACGGACAUGGUCACGGAGGCGGCGGCGGACACGGCGGAGACUUGGGCGGCCAUGCCAUCGCCAACAUUGCAGCCAUCGCCGCCAGCUCGGACUCCUCUGCCCACGGAGGCAGCUCCGGCGGCUACGGAGGAUACAGCGGUGGUGGACACGGAGGCUACAGCGGUGGUGGACACAGCGGCGGAGGCCAUGAUACCCAGGUGAUUGUCGCUGCCGCCGCUGCUGGUGAUUCCUCCUCCGGCGGAUAUGGUGGAGGCUCCUCGGGUGGAUAUGAUGCAGGCUACUCCGGGGGCUCAUCUUACAGCGGUAGCUCCUCCUACAGCAGUGGCUCUUCCUACAGCGGCGGCUCCUCCUACAGCUCCGGAGGAUACAGCGGAGGACAAGGCGGUGGCUACAGCAGCGGUGGACAUGGGGGUGGCUACAGCAGCGGCGGCGGGUCCAGCUACGAUACCCAGGUGGUGGCGGCUGCCGCUGCCUCCGGAAGCGGUGGAUCCUACGGCGGAUCUUCCGGCGGCGGUGGGGACGGAUACAGUUACUCCGCCCCAGCUUCCGGCGGCUGGGCGGGUUCCAGCUCCAACUGGAAAUAG